AUGAUGAAAGAGGUUCAGUCGAAAGAAGGAAGAUCGAUUGAGAUUGGCGAUACCGUGACCACACGGUUCAGAGGAGGGAAACAUGAAGGCAAGGUUGAGGCAGUUAUCAGGAGUGAGCAAGACCUCGAGGAUGCUGGUGAUCUCGGCGUAGUGGUGAAGAACCCGCCCAAAGUCAUCUUCACUGAUCAGCACGGACACCGAGUCGCGCACAAUCCUGGAACACUUACACAUGUCGAUGACUCGAGAUCGGAGUGA